CUUCACGUUAAAUAACCCCCCUUCUAUCCAACUCGGUGCAAGGUAAGAUCCGAAUCAUCCAACAAACCAAGCACCGAAUCCAAGCACCCGAAUCCAAACAAACAUGUCAACCUACGAAGAGUGUUACGAAAUCUUGUACAACGCCUGCGAAAAAUUCAUCGCACUAUACGAUCCUCUAGGAAUAGAGUUGGAGGCGAUGGUGUAUAAGCGCGAGUGUUUCCCCGGAUGCGGAAUCGGUUGGAGAUCAAAAGGCUAAACCCCCUGAUAGUAGCUAAUAAGUAUGAUCCGGGUUUCGCGGAGGCGAUGGGGGGGGGGGGGAGGGAGGAGGAGGGAGCCUGGAAUGGGGAGGGAGGCCAGGAGAAGGGGACCCAGACGCAGGGGACCCAGACGGAGGAGGUGACCCAGAAAGAAGUAGGAACCCAGAAGGAAUAA